UGUUCCUCCUACUUCUUCUCACAUGCAUUCUUGUUGUUUUUGAAUUUUGAUUUUCGAAUUUUAUCAUCUCUUUCUCCGUUAAGCUCACUGCAUUCGAAGUGUUUGGAUUAUGGACGGAGGAACUCUGCAAAACGCCAGAACAGUUGAGGAAGUCUUUAAAGAUUUCAAAGGCCGUCGUGCCGGCAUCAUCAAAGCCUUAACCACCGAUGUUGCCGAAUUUUUUGAACAGUGCGAUCCUGAGAAAGAGAAUCUUUGCUUGUAUGGACUUCCUAAUGAACAGUGGAAAGUUACUUUACCUGUUGACGAAGUACCUCCAGAGCUUCCGGAGCCUGUAUUGGGUAUUAACUUCGCUCGAGACGGUAUGCAAGGAAAAGACUGGUUGGCACUUGUUGCCAUUCACAGCGAUGCAUGGUUACUAGCGGUGGCUUCCUAUUUUGGUGCUAGGCUUAGUAUUGAUAAAACCAACAGGAAGCGUCUCUUCAACUCUAUACAUGAUCUCCCUACAAUAUUUGAAAUAGUCACUGGAAGUGCCAAAAAGCAGGCAAAGGAGAAGUCGUCGGUUUCAAAUCAUAUAAGAAAUAAAUCCAAGUCAAGCACAAAAGCUAGAGGAUCUGAAUCUGCUAAAUACUUGAAGAUUAUGCAGCCAACCGAUGAGGACGAGGGAUUGGAUGAGGAGGACGAAGAGGAGCACGGCAAUACCUUGUGCGGGGAAUGUGGUGAGAACUAUGCUGAGGAUGAGUUCUGGAUUUGUUGCGACAUAUGUGAAACUUGGUUCCAUGGCAAAUGUGUCAAGAUAACCCCCGCCAUGGCCGAGCAUAUCAAGCAGUACAAAUGUCCGUCUUGCAACAACAACAACAAGAAGAGGGCAAGACCUUACCGCUGAGGAGAUGCGGAUUCUAUCAGCUUGUAAUCUUCUUAGAGACUUUCAGUUGGAUAUAUUGGUAUUAGUAGUUUUCUGGUUCUGAACUUGUACUCUUAGAUUUGGUUAUAUAAAAUUUCCCGUUUAUGAAAUCUCUUUCUCGGAUAAGUAAAGAUUGUUCUAAUUCAUUUGCAU